CACUAUUCACCUCGCCCUCUAGCGUUGGACCUUUAUUCUAACAAUUGGUUUCAGAGCCUUACUCUCUGAAAGACUUAACCGUUUGAGAGAAACGAUCAAUGGCUUCUACUCAAAACUUAUACGCAGGUUUAGGUGAAGGGCAAUCCACCACGAGGCCUCCGUUGUUUGAUGGAACGAACUACACUUAUUGGAAGGAGCGGAUGAGGAUUUACAUCCAAUCCACCAACUUUCUCCUAUGGAGAAUCAUCAAAAACGGCAAAGAUGUGCCCAUGAAGAAGGUUGGGGAAACCAAUGUCCCCAAAACCGAGGAUGAGUAUGAUGCGCAAGACAUCAAGAAAGUGGAGAACAAUGCAAAGGCCAUCAACAUCAUCUAUUGUGCCGUAAACCCGGAUGACUACCGGAAGAUUUCUUGUUGUUCCACCACCAAGGAAAUGUGGGACAAGCUAGAAAUCACCUAUGAAGGUACGGAUCAAGUCCGAGAAGCUAAAAUAGAUUUUCUAACCCAUGAAUAUGAAUUGUUUCGUAUGAAGGAGAAUGAGAAAAUCGAUGAGAUGUUUGAACGAUUCUCAAAAAUCGUCAAUGAUCUCCACGCUCUCAAAAAGACGUACACGGACAAUGAACUUGUGAGAAAAAUCCUGCGGAGUCUCACACCGAAAUGGCGCUCCAAAGCCGAUGCCAUCCAAGAGUCCACCGGCAUCACCAACGUCACCAUCGACGGGCUUAGAGGUAACCUCAAAACCUAUGAGUCUACCAUACUUUUCCCCUCUUUAGGAGAACAAAAGAAGAAGGGAAUUGCACUCAAGGCUUCCCAAGAACCCGCCAUGGAGGAAUCAAGUGAUGAAGACAACGAGUUUGGGCUCGUUAUCAAAAAAAUUUCACAAGUUCAUGCGAAAGGAGUAUGAACAAAAGAGCAAGAAAUAUAGAGGACCACCCAAGUGCUAUGGGUGUGGAGAAAUUGGGCAUAUCAAGCAAAAAUGCCCAAAUGCAAAAAACAAGAAGGAGAAGAAACCGUUCAAGAAGCACCGAGCUUACAUCUCGUGAGAGCUAAUUCUUGAAGAAAUUGUUGUGUUCUUG